UUUUGUUUGCAUGUCUUUACAUGGAAAAUUGGAAAGUUACAACAUGUCAGACUCACGGAAUCAGAAUAAUUUGAUUGCAUGGACAUCAUUAGGACAGGAUAGCUAAACGUUAGAUGCUUUUACAAUAUUUAGGACAGCUGAAUCUCAGAUAGGCAUAGGCAUCAAAUGAAAUACAAUUGUCACAUACCUGGUCUAAAAGGGUCUAAUCUUGUUCUCGACAAUGUUUUUGCAGCGCGUAUUGGGAAGUCAGUGAUGAAACAAUCUUCUUUUUUGUAACAGAUUUGUUGCACACAGUCGUGUCUAAGUUCCUAAUUUAAUUAUGUUCAUUGUGAAGACUGACAGACUACAAAUCUAGAGGCUCAUCUUGAUUCAUCUAUCGGAAAAGGCUGGUAUAUAACAUGUCUCACAGCUCCUAUGCCAGGAUGUGGGCUACAGCCCAUGUAGCUCUGGAGGACCUCCUAGUGGACGAGCUCCCCUCCACGGUGCCCCGGCCUCAGAAAGACCGCCUGCAGAUCUUCCAGGGUCUGGCCACGUUCUACCUGAAGUACCUCCAGAUCUUCCGCAGCCUGGAGGCGGUGUACGACCAGGUGGUUCACCCCCAGAAGCGUCGCGUGGUCAGGCAGGUGCUGGACGGCGUGAUGGGGCGUCUGCUGGAGCUGAAGAAUGAGAUGGUGGAGCUGGAGUUUUCGGAGUUUCACUUCUUCGACGAUGUGCUGGAGGACCUCAAACUGACACCCGAGGACCUGGAGGUGCCCAUCCCUCAGUACUUUGUGAGGGAGAAGAUACGGGUUCUCCGGGACAGAGAGAAGAUGCUGGCUCAUGUCCUGGCUAAAGGAGGAGACUUGGAGCACGAGCCGGAGAUCUCCCUUCAGACCAUGUGUGUGGAGGAGGCAGUGCGGGUCCUUCAGGUUGGCGAGCGGGCACGCCAGGGACGCCUCAGGGCUCGCUUCAUGAGGGAGAUCCGUCAGGCGGAAGAGGAGGCCGCCCAGGGACAGAGCUGCACCCCCACGGACCUGGACCCGGACCAGGCUGCCACUUGCAUACAGAAGGUGUGGCUGGGCUACAGCACCAGGAAGAGGACCAAGCAGGAGCGUCUAGAGGAGAUGAUCUUCCUGGGAAUGAUCCCUCCGGAGCAGCUGGGGCCCAGCAUGGCUCUGCUGCAGGCCCAGCAGGUGGAGGCCUCUCGCAGGCUGGUCCAGGAGGAGCACGAGGCAGAGUACCAGAGGGCACUGGUCCACAUCAAGGAGUCCGUGGUCUCCGUCGAGGGCCCUGACAUAAGGGAGACGCUGCAGGAGCAGAUACGCCAGUGGUUCAUCGAAUGCAGAGACGCUACUGGCAAGUUCCCUGACUUCCCCAACACUGAGGACGGGGGAUCAGCGUCCAUAUUUGCUCAGAAAACACCGGAACAGGUGGCUGCAGAGCUAGCAGCAAAAGAGGAGGAGAGGGAGAAAAAGAGGAAAAGCAGAGGAAAGAAAGACAAGAAGUCUGGGAAGGAACGGAAGGAGAAGAAGAAAGACAAGAAGGGAAAGACCAAAGGGAAGAAGGGGAAAGACGACAAAGAGGAGGAAGAGAAAGGUUGGAAAAUGCCCCCGAGCUGUUUUCUUCCAACAGUCGUGGAAGGAGCCAAGAUGUAUAAAGAUGUUUGGCAGGGACGUGAUGAGAGACAGAACUUCCUGCAGCGUUUUGACGCCCAGUUGGUGCGCGAGGAGAAGCGUCUGGAGGUGGAGGAGGAGGUCAGAGUUCAGGUGGACGAGCUGAUGAGACAGGAACUGAAGAACCUCAAGCUGGCUGUCGACCGGGAUAAAGGCAAGAAGAAGAAGAAGGGGAAGAAAGGUAGUAAGAAGAAAAAGAAGAAAGGAAAGAAGGGAGGGAAGAAGAAGAAGAAGAAAGAGAAGGACCUGACAGCAGACAGGACUCUAGAGGAUUUGUAUGAGGAGUUGGUGUUAGAAGGAUUCCUGAUCCGACCCAAGAACACCAGGCUUUCUGCCUACAUUGGUGAAUACAGCUACCUGGGCACGACACUGCGCCAGGCGGACAUAGAGCCCAUGCCCUCUCUCUCUGACGUUAGACAGCUCCUCGCCCUCUACGGGGUCCUGCCCCUGGGCUCCCAGUCGGUCCAUGAGAGGGCUCCCCUGGUGAAGACUCUGCUGCUGGCCGGUCCAGCAGGGGUGGGGAAGAAGAUGCUGGUCCACGCCCUGUGCACCGAGACCGGGGCUAACCUCUUCGACCUCUCCCCUGGGAACCUGACGGGGAAGUACCCGGGCCGCAGCGGCCUGCAGUACCUGCUGCACAUGGUGCUGAAGGUGGCUCGCCAGCUGCAACCAUCUGUAAUAUGGAUUGGCGACGCGGAGAAAACUUUUUAUAAAAAAGUACCUAAGCCAGAAAAAGAGAUGGAGCCUAAGAGGCUGAAGAAAGACCUCCCUAAGGUCCUGAAGUUCAUCAAGCCUGAGGACCGAGUCCUGGUGGUGGGCACCUCCCGCCGGCCCUUUGAUGCCGACCUCAAGAUGUUGUGUAAGGUGUACAGGAAGAUCAUCCUCAUCCCCAGACCUGACUACGCCUCCAGGCUGGUCCUGUGGAGGGAGCUGUUGCGCAUCGGUGGAGCUCAGCUGGGGCCCGGCCUGGACCUCAGCUCCCUGGCCAAGGUGACGGACGGCUACACGCAGGGCCACAUCCUGCGGGCCGUGCAGGCCGUGCUCGUCCCUCGCAGGCUGGAGCAGCAGAGCAGCCGGCCCCUCCGGGCCGCCGAGUUCAUCCCCCCUCUGGCCCGACAAGACCCCGUCUUCAAAGAGGAAGAGGAGGCCUUCAAGAUGUGGUACAGCCGCACCCCGCUGGGUAAGAAAAGGACGCGGGCUGCCAAGGCUGUGGAGGAGGAGGGAGAGGCGGGGAAGGUCAAGGACAAGAAGGGCCGAGGGCUGAGAGAGAAGGACAAGAAGAGCAAGAGGAAGGGGAGAAAGUGACCGUGUAAACACCGGAGAGAGAGAGGAAAAGGGGUGACACUAUUUCACAAAGAGAAUCGUGGACAUUCGCGUCAUGUUUAAUACGAGAAACCAUACACAACUUGAGUCAAAGACCCCCCUUUUUAGAACGGAGAUAUGGUCUAGCCUGGAACAGACAGGUCAUUCCAAUCAUGGGGAUCAUGGGAAUGGUUUGAGGAUGGCCUUAUGCCGGACAUUGGGAUUGAAAUUGUGAACUGCAUAACUGCAGGGGUGCUCUCUUAACAGAGCCCCUCACCGCAGCCUCAGGCCCCCUGCUGCCCUGAGACCAAUCAUCAUUAACCAUAUCCAAACCCACAAGAGCGUGCAAAGACUCCCGUCGACCGCUGUCAUGAUGAAAGAAC